CAUCGUUCACGCUACUUUGCGCAAUGGCGGACAAUGCAGCAGAGCCAGACUAUGUCCCGCCUCCGUUGACUGUCCAGCAGGAAGACGCAAUCAUACACACGCGCAUCACAAACGACGAGAAGGCCCUCCGCCGCGUGACGAAGAAGUUCCACACCUACGCCUCCGUCGCAUACACCCCCGUCGUGCCCCUCUCCCCCUUGACGCCCUCCUCCGUCGACGAUGCCCGCGAAGCCUUCCUCCUCGAGCUCGCCUCCUUCCAGCUCUCUCUCAAGAAGAGCUUCAUGGUGUGCGAGGCAGAGGCGCGGCAGGUCGAGGAAUACCAGCGCGAGCGCGAACGAAUAGGUGCGUGCCCCAGCCCCAGGCGUGGUCCGCAAUCCCUCAAGUGCUCGUGUGACGCAGCGAACGAGCACAGCCGGCUCACGGGCCAGAUCGAGGUGCUCAAGGCGACCCUCGACCAGGCGCAGCUCGAGCGCAAGCAGAAGAUCGAGUACGACGUGAUCGCGGAAAAGGUAAACUCCUUGCCCAGCAGAGACGAGCUCGAGCAGUCAAUACAGUCCCUCGAAAACGACAUGGCCGCGAUCCGGGCCGAGCACGAGAACCAGAACCGCACGCUCCAGGCGCAGAAAGCGGCCCUCGACAGCGUUGUCCGGGACCUCAGCGCCCUGCGGCUCAUGGGCAAGCAAGACGCUGCGGAGGACGCCACCCCGGCUCCGGACACGCAGACCGCAGAAGAGGACGUGGAGAUGGACGGGACGGCGAGCGUGCGCACGCGCGAGGAGUCAGGAGAGCUCAAGGAGGACGGCCAGUCUUCUGCCCGGCAUCCGAGUGGGGCGAGUGGCAAGACCGGGGAGGAUGGGGAGGACUCCGAGGGGGAGGAGGUCCCGUUGGCGAAGGCGAUCUUGAACCCUGCUGCGAGGACGUUCGUACCCUCAGGUUCAAGGAGGAGUACACCUAUGAUGUCUGUGGCUCGGGGUACGCCUACACUGCCGACAACGAAGAUCCCAGACGAGGACGAUAUCGAGAUGGGAGAAAUUGGAGAGGAGCCGAAGGAUGUGAAGGCUCCCAGCAGGAAGGUCAGGGGGGAGGAGCUUGAAGAGGGCGAGGCUACGGACGAGAGCAGCGAGCUCUCGGAGCCACCAGAUGACUAG